AUGUCUAGAUCCGAAGCAAGCAUAGCCGCGACGCACGAGGCGACCAUCUCCCAAAUCAACUACCUCAUCGGCUGGAUAUGCAUCCUCCCCAGCGAAUACUAUGAGGCGUCCAAGAUGUUCGACGAGGUGUUUGAUUCGAGUGGGAUCAUCCGGGGCCGAAAUGACCGGAACAGCUAUGAUAUCGGACACAUCGGCGGACAUUUAGUGGUCAUGAACUGUCCGGCCGCUGGAAACAACGGGGAGGUUCAUGCCGCACGAAUCGCCUCCGAUAUGCGAAGCACCUUCCCAUCCAUUCGAUUCAUGCUUCUCGUGGGCAUCGGCGGUGGCUCGCCCUCUCGGCAGGAUGUGCGCUUGGGAGAUGUCGUUCUUGGAACCAAGGUUGUGCCCUACCGACAUGGGAAGAACACAGACCAUGGCUUCGAAGUCAUCGGCAAAACUGGGACCCCACCGCCAAUCCUGCAAAGCGCAAUGACCCGAUUGGGUUUGAAGCUGAGGCAGGACCUGAACAUCGAGGCGACCAUCCAAGAAGUCAGGCCGUACACCGUUCCUCGACCCGCGACCGAUAACCUCUAUCUGCCCACCUACAUCCAUUCCAGCUGCUGUGACUGCUUGAGAGCCGAAGCUCAGGCCUUGGGCUCCCUCUCCGUGCGCAAUCCCCGCCGCGGCAACUUAGUGCAGGUGCAUCAAGGUGUGGUGGGCUCUGCGGACCAGGUCAUGAAGAAAGCCAGUGAGCGUGAUGAGUAUGCCGGGAAGCAGGGUAUUAUAUGCUACGAGAUGGAAGCCGUCGGAAUCAUGGAGACAAUCUCCUGUCUCACCAUCCGGGGGAUCUCAGACUACUCGGAUGGCCACAAGAACGACGACUGGCACUCGUAUGCAUCUUUGUCGGCGGCGGUGUGCGCGAAAGAGCUUCUCAAGAACAUCCCAGCGCAAGACCUGGAGCGGUGUCCAUUGGAAGUGUCUCAAUACGAGAUUGAGCGGUGGGCCAGGGGCGCUAUAGAGCAUUUCUAUUCCUCGCAAAAACGCCUAGCGCCCGAGCCGGAGACGGAAUUUCAGACCGCGGUGCGCAACCUCGACACGAUUUUCGACGUAAUCGGCUUGAUACAGCUUCGCAUUGACCCCUGGCUGAACGAUCUGAGUGAGAGGCCCGAUCCAGUUGCUGAGCAAGAGAUGCGGGACUCCGUGGAGGCGUUGAGGGCUUUGCAGGGAGAGCUGUCGAAAUGUAUGAAGGAGCUGCGUAGUCAGGCCAAGCAGGAGGCCAAAAGACCAGACAAUAGUGAGGCCAAGCGCGAGGAAUGGAGAAGCUUGAAACGGAAAAUCAAGAGGCAAACACGAUGGUCGAAUGAGGUCUCCAAGGCGACUCGCAACGCUCUGUGGUCGACCAAAUCGGCGACACUGCGUGUUUUUCUUCUUCUCGGCCAGUCAGGAAAUCAGGCUGUUCAGGCCACGGGCGAAUCUCUCCAUCAGGUCUCCCAGCAAGCUUUGAGGCAGCUGAAGCACCUCCUGGAAGAGUUCAAGCAUCGCCUCUACGGCAACCCUCAAGAUGCUGAAGAUACAACCUCGACGGAAGGCAGGACCAGCGGCGAAGAUACCGCAUCUCAGGCUGAUGCACCGGCCUUGUCUUCCGAGGCAGUCUCUCCGCGAAGUAGCCAGGUCACCUCUAUCUCUUCCGAUCGGGGUCAUCCUGAUGACACUGAAUCACACCACCAGGGCAGAAGAUCCCCAUCGCCAUCUCUUAGACACGAGCACAUCUCGGAAAAAGGUCCUCCUCCUCCUCCACCAACAAGACCUCCUCUUCCUCCCUCUUCCCGAGGCGUCACAAAUUUGUUGCAAAGUAGAAGACCUUCUCUUCACCCAUCAGCCAAAUUUGCCAUAUCCCAGGAGAUACCAUUGCCGACGGACGCUGCUUCUGUGCGACCAGGAAAAUCGAGCAAGUACCCCAACGGCUUAUUCCUACAGGAUUCCCUAGCCCCUCCUCUCACUCAGACGAAGGGGGCACCUCGGCCUUCUCGACCGGUUCCAGCGUCCGAAAGCCCACAGGCUGAGACCCCAGGGUCUAUUGAAAGGCCGGUGCAACCCGAGCAAGGCGUCGAUAAUACCAGUUUCCGAGGUGUGAAAGACACAAUAUCGAUCUUCCAGAAGCAUGAGCAUAAUAUGGGCGUUCGUUCUCGGUCGCCUGUGGGGGGGGGGAGUGUGAGCAGAGCCAUUGAUUGA